CUGUAGCAGAUUUGGAUCAAUUGAAUAUGUUUGUGAAUGCAACAGGGCUGGUAGAUUUAGGCUACCAUGGAUCACCAUUCACAUGGUCCAAUCGGCGGUCAGCUUCGGCGCACAUCAUGGAACGACUAGAUCGGUGUCUGGGAACUGAUUCUGUUCUUUCAUCUUGGCCGGAACUCAAGGUAAUUCACCUUACUGACUUGGGUUCUGAUCAUCGGAUGUUGUUGUUGCAGCUCACAUCUCAGAAUCAGCCCACCAAAACUCGUUUUCACUAUGACGGGCGAUGGGAUACAAAUCAAGAGGCGGUAGACAUUAUCAGGCAGGCUUGGGGUAAAGGCAUACAUGGUACCCUUCAAUUCCGAGUCUUCAACCAGCUUAAGUUCGUCCGGCAUGAUCUGGUGGAGUGGGCGCGCAUCGGUACAUCCAAUUCUGCACGCUCUAUCCGUGAAUACAAACAGGCUAUUGAAGCAGUCCGGGAGGCUGAAAUGGUGGACUGGGAUCACGUUAAGCAAUUGGAAUCUCAAUUGUCCGAGGCAUAUAGACAGGAGGAGCAGUUUUGGCAGCAGAAAUCUAGAGUUGGCUGGCUUCGAGGCGGGGAUUCGAACACCCGGCUGUUUCAUUUGGCCACCCUUCAACGGAGGAGGAAUAAUCGGAUAGAGGGCCUCCGAGAUGAAGCAGGCGUCCUUCAUCACUCUAUGGAUGAGAUGGCAGGUAUUUCAAUUCCGUAUUUCCAAAUACUCUUUACAUCUAACCAUCUUGAUCCUACGCCUUUUGUACAGAGUCUACGGCUGCCUAGAAAAGUAACCUUUGAUAUGAAUGCUUCCAUCACUGCCCCAGUUACUUUAGAUGAGAUUAAGCUUGCAGUGUUCAGCAUUGGACGGUUACAGGCACCGGGUUCUGAUGGAUUUUUUGCAGGGUUCUUCCAAGCACACUGGGACAUUAUUGGUAAGGACAUUAGUGCUGCCGUAUUAUCCUUCUUUGCGUCAGGGCGUCUUCUGCAGAGCUUCAAUCACACGUGCAUCACUCUUCUCCCCAAAGUCCCUAAUGCUGACACGAUGAGGCAACUUCGGCCGAUCAGUUUAUGUCAGGUCUUUUACAAGAUUAUUGCGAAGAUUCUUGCUGGUCGGCUUAGCCGUAUCAUGCCUGAUUUAGUAAGUCUGACUCAAAAUGGUUUUGUGCGUGGUCGUUGUAUCACUGACAAUAUUUUGAUUGGCCAAGAGGUCAUGCAUUUUUUAAAAACCAAAGUGCAGGGGCGGGAUAAGUGGAUGGCAUUGAAACUUGAUAUGGAGAAGGCUUACGACCGGGUCGAGUGGUCCUUCCUCCUUUCUAUUUUGCAGGAAUUGGGAUUCUGUCCAACUUGGAUCAAGUGGAUACGAACGUGUAUAUCCACGGUCAGCUUCUCGGUCAACAUAAAUGGUGGAACUCAUGGGUAUUUUAAACCGGAACGAGGUAUUCGACAAGGUGACCCUAUCUCCCCGCUGUUAUUUGCUUUAUAUACAGAGGCUUUCACGGCCAAAAUCAAUCAAGAGCUGUAUUCGAACAACCUACAUGGGCUACGGAUUCACCGGCGAGCACCUGUUACCUCCCACCUUAUGUUUGCUGAUGAUACUUACAUGUUUCUUCGUGCAUCUAUUCCUGAGUGUGCUCACCUUUUGCAUGUAUUUGAGGACUAUGGGCUCUUGAGUGGACAGCAGGUUAAUCUCCAGAAAUCCACCAUUUGUACAAGUGCAAAUGUGGGUGAACAGGAAAAAGAGAGUUUGGCGGCUUACCUAGGAGUAAAGGAAGCGGGUUUGCAGGACAAGUACCUAGGUUUACCUGUCCAGGUACAACGGUCUAAAACCAGGACCUUCCGGUUUUUGGAGGAGGGGUUGGUGGCCAGGAUUCGAUCAUGGAAGUCGAAAUCGAUGUCAUUGGCAGCAAAGGAAACUGUAAUCAAAUCAGUAGGGUCUGCCUCCACAAUUUAUGCCAUGUCUGCCUUCCGUAUCCCGGCGUCCUCCUGUCGAAGAAUGAAUAGUCUACUGUCACGAUUCUGGUGGGCAGAUCAAGAUAAAGAGAAGGGCAUGCAUUGGCUAGCAUGGCCGGAAGUGUGCCACAGUAAAUUUGAAGGUGGGUUAGGUUUUCGGGAUUUUGAUCGUUUUAACAUUGCUUUAUUGGCUAAACAGGCAUGGCGAUUACUUCAAAUGCCCGACUCUCCAAUUGCAUCCCUGUACAAGGCUAGGUAUCAUCCUUCUACAUCACUUCUCACAGCUGAAGCCGGAUCUCGUGCCUCUUGGGCAUGGCAAGGCAUACUUGAGGGGCGGGAUCUAUUGGCACGAGGGCUUCGUUGGCGCAUUGGAAAUGGUGCGGCCGUUCGCAUUCUUACAGAUAAGUGGCUGCCCUCCUCUCCUCCUUCAUCACCUUCUCUGCUUCCCAAUGUGUCCAUGCAAUACACGUAUGUUUCAGAAUUAAUCUGUCCCCAUUCCCAUUCUUGGAAAGUGGAUGUUUUGCAGGAGCUGUUUUCAGUGGAGUCAAUGGAGCUGAUUUUAUCUAUCCCUUUGCCUAAUCAGCUUAUCCCAGACAAAUUGGUGUGGCAUUAUUCUGUUUCAGGUGAAUACACAGUUAAAACAGGGUACCAACUCUUAUCCUCGGAGCUGAACUUGUCCCACCCACCUCGCGAUCUACCGUACGAUAAACGGUUUUGGAAGAUUCUUUGGCAGCUGCCGGUGCCGCCGAAACUGAGGGUAUUCUGCUGGAGGGUGACACGGGGAUUUCUACCAGUCCGUGCAGUGCUUCACUACAAGCGGCUGGCUGAAGAUGAUGGCUGUCCAAUCUGCUCCAAUGGUGUUGAAAGCAUUAUUCAUUUGUUCCUUCAUUGUCGUGUUGCAGUGGAGCUAUGGGAGCUUGCCGGCCUAGGCCUCCUUCGUGCAAGGUUAUCCUCUCUUUCUCAUGCGGAUUGCUGGAAAACUCUGUUCUUUGAAUGCCGUCUUUCUAAGACUGACAUCGCAAAUGUUGUUUUCCUAUGUUGGUGAGUUUGGAAAUCGAGGUGUUGGGCGAUUCACAAACAUAUUCAAUAUAGAGGACCAGCACUACUUCGACAAUUCCAAGCGCAAGUGGAGGAAUGGCGCGCUGCGACUUCUCCUCUUACACUGCACCAGGGACCGCGAGCUCACAGAGGACCAAUAUCUGCCUCGCGGUCUAGCCAGGAUGGUUUAUGCCCCGAAGGGGGAGUUCUAGUGCGUUUUGAUGGGGCUUGGCGGCAUGGGACAGGGGGCGGCAUUGGUUUUGCUGGUUUUGCAGGUAAUGGAAGUCUACUGUUUGCUGUAGGGAAAUACUAUGCAGGUAUUGAUGAUCCUUUUAUCAUGGAGUUACUGGCGUUACGUGAUGCAAUAAGCUGGUGUCUAAUGCAAGGCUUUCUCGUGGUUAAUUUCUGUGGGGACUGCCAAACGUUGAUUCGAGCCGUUCGUGAGAGGGUUAUCGCGCAUGGAAAGGGCGGCGCAAUCAUGGAGGAGAUUCGGGUGGCUGUGUGCUCUUUUUCGAUGUUUUCUUGUACUUUUACUCCCCGCAGGUACAACAGGGCUGCCCAUCUAGUGGCACAAAAGGCCCUUCAAUCGGCAGUUCGACAAUUUGUCGACUGGCGCGUUUGGUUGUGUGUUGUCCUCUGACGAUUUUAUUACUCUAUCUAUGCCAAAAAAAAAAAAAUUUGCAAUUGGAGAUUUCUACACUUGACUCAAAUAGAUAGAGCUUCAAAGUGAUGUCUUCGGCUGGUAGGCUCUAAAACGUUAGAGCAUCUCAAGUUGGAUUUCUUUUGUUAGAAGAUACUUGUUUCCCGUGAGAUUUCAUAAAUAUGCAAAAGCAACUACACACACGGAGCUUAAAUGAGCGCAACCAGGCGUCAAAAUAAAAACAAUAACAGCCCAUCAGAAACAAACUGAGAGCUUUCUCGCUACUCCGUGAGCAGCUACGUUCUAACUCCGAAGUAUAAAAUGAAUGCACCACUGACUUCAUCCCACUUUAACUUGUCGAGAACUUUGUUUAUUAGGUGCCCCUCCCCCAAUCAAAAUGGUUCUCAACCCCCAAUCUUGAUACCAUAUGAGAGCAUCCCUCAAAGCCAGAAGUUCUACCACAGAAGGAUUGUAUAUACCCGGAUAGCACAUUCAUCUGGCUGCAAGCAGGCACCAUUGAAUUGUAUCACAAAUUCGAAUGCCCCUUAAAUGACAUGUGACCUCAAAGCACCUGUAGGAACCUGAUUUUCCUCACUCUUAUAUCAUCCCCAAGGUCUACUGCUCCUAAAACGGUGAGUCAGUGACUACAUUUGACUCACUAAGACUCUCAGCAAGUAUUGGAAAGGCGGGGUUGCAAGAUUCACAUGACUUGGAAAUUUGAUAUUCAGGUAAUGUUCCUCCUUUCUUCCACUACGCACUUGUCAAAUCUUGUUGAUAGAGUAUGUAUCUGAUUGAAACAUCAGUCUUCUUCCAACAUGCAAAUCUCAAAGUUACUAGUAUGGAGAGUACUGGGUUCAUUUCGAUUGUAUUUUAUAAUUGUGGUUUUUCCUAAAGAGUCAGUCUUGUUGGGCUUUUACCAUUAUUCGAUUUUUUCUCGAACUGGAUCAAUUCUCUGGAGUGGUUUCCCGGUGUACGAACUAUUAAAGAAGUGUGCUUUUGUUUCUUUUAUGGGUUUGUAGUUUAUUCAGUUUUUUGGUAUUCAUAAUGGUUUUGUGUUUGUUCUAUAGUCGAGAGAAUUGAGUGAUUGAAAUAAAUGGAUGGCGACUUCAGAUGUAACCGGAUUCGGCAUCAAAACAUGUCCUAAGUGAAUAUGGAGAGAUUAAUUAUCUAAAAACUUAUUGCCUUAAUUGUUUUGUAUCUGGAGUAUACUAUAACUUUGACCAGUUAAAAUAAAGCUUUUAAAGGCUAAAAAGCUAGCCUCUAUGCAUUCAUAACAUUUGUUUACAAAUUUGGUUGAAGUAAUCGAAGUCAUUUAGAGGCAUGGAGUGGCGUUUAUCUACUUCGAGAGGGGAACAAAUAAACAUAGCCCAAAUGCUCAAUCGAUUGUUGUGACCAAUAAAGCUUUCUAUAAGCUUUGUGUCGAAGUAACCAAAGCAGGAUAUCAACCAACUGCAUUCACAAUAAAAGAAAUCGGGAGAUCGAUCAUGGCAGACAAGUUCUCUAAGGUUUACCAGAAGUCAUUCACUCACAUAAUUAAAAAGUAAAUGGGAUCAACAAAAGAAGAAGUAUAGAGAAUGGAAGAUCAUAAUGCGCAACGAUACUGAUAUCUCUUACAAUUUGGUGCAUGGAACUUUUGAUGCAUUCGAAGAAUGGUGAAAAAUGAAGAUCCAUAUAUUUUGCUAAUAUUUUGGGGUUUGUUAUUUGCUUUUUGGAUCAUCACUCUUAUAUUGGACAGUCUUGUUCUUUAUAGUGAAGGUCUUUGGAAACUCAUCUUGUUAUGAGAGUUACAAUGCUAUGAUACACCUCACAAACAAAUUUGUCUAUGAUCUGUUUUAUACUCUGCAUUCAUCGCUUAUUACUUAAUGAAUAUGAUCAUCUUGAGAGUUUAGCAUGUUAUCCUCUAUCUGCUAGCAAAUAUUUUGUGUUUAUUCUUAACUAAUUAUUACUUCUCGUCAAUAAUUAACACAAUUACACAAAACACAUUUCUAUAAACAGUAACUAACAAGCGACAAUGAUUGAUUACCAAGCUACAACUCAAUGGCAUGUUACAACAACUAACUCCCUGGAAACAUAAAGAUAUCCAUAAAAUAAAAUAUGGGGAUUCAUGCAUCCACUUUUCUCCAAUUUGAAUUUGCUAUCACGAGAGUGUUUCCUAGAUGGAAACCAUCGACAUUUCACCCCAUAUUAAGUCACAUUGUGCAGUGUUUCAAAAUCAAUCUCAAAACCAACAACAACAUCAUUUUAGCUUUCGAGACCAAAAACACUUUAUCUAUGUUUCUCCAUUCCUUGUCACAUUCUCGUGUCUCCAACUCUGAUGCGACAAUUAUCUUUCCCUUUCACCCUCCCAUCUUCACUAUGAUUGUGACUCUGCAUAAUUUGUUUCCUAAUCCAUUGGUUGAUCAAAAUCGCUCUUGAAUCUUCAGAGCAAUUUCACCCUUCAGCGUUGCAACUUCCCUUUGAUUCGCAUCAUCCCCUUCUCUACAAUCAGUCGCAUAUGUCACAUCAGGUAGCUCACUCAUGUCUGCCGCCUUGCAAGAAUUUAUCCCCCUCAAGGAAAUCCACCCCUUCAUAUCCUCUAUAAAAUCUGUUUUCUCAUGCAACAAUGGAGCAAAAAUCUGCAUGAUAAUUGGAAUCAGAAGAGGGAUCUAAAAUGAGUAAAUUGAAAGAAAUGUAGGAGUAAGCGGGAAGUGCAAAGUGACAACUAGGUCGAACUCUACAAUUUCAUUUGGAAGAAGAGCAGCAUCAGCUCCAAAUGCAACUUAAUUUUCAUCUUCCCCUUUCUCCGUCCACCCCUUAUUCCUUUCAAUUUAUACUAGAACUCAAUAUGUCGGCCAACAUUGGUGUGAUUGGAGUCAGAUUGAUAGUUGGUGUUGUGAUUGGAGACAGAUUGGAGGUGGAUUGAAGUCAAUCUUGCAAUAAGAGUUCUGAAGUUCGGUGAAAGGAGUUUUGAAUGACCAAUGGUAAGUGAAUUCUUUUGGGACAUCACAACAACUCCUCAUGCAUAAUCAAAUUGAGCUUUCUACUAUGAUUUUAGAGUUUAACAAGACUUUAGUUGGAUUGGCUGAACUCGAGGGAAUUGUUUUGGACUACUGCAUGUAGCUAUCUUAAUACAAAUUCAUUAUAUUGCAAUUUUAAUUUGCUUCACCUUCAAUAACUGAUUGUUUUGUCUCAAAAUUAUGAGUUUACGUUAUGGUUAUGAUCUUAACAGUUGAUAAGUGACUACCCAACUUAAUGAAGUGAGAUUUACAUGUGUUAGAGCUGUAGGGUGUUGAUUGAGAUGAGAUUUACGUGUUUAUAACUGUAGGGAUUUAAUGAAGUAAUUUACAUGGUGAUGAUUAUGAUUUUGCUCAUUAUCUUUGAACAUUUUUAAUUCAUUAUCUAAGGAGUUCACAGUUUAUGAUGUUUUCCUGUUGAUUGUUUAUGGGUGAGUUGCAAGAUUUUGGAAGGUGGUGAGAAGGGGCAACACACUAACCAAAAAUGUGUGGCACUCAUGAGACUAUAGGUGAGAGCAAGAUAGGUGGCCAAUAAGACAAUCUUCAUCUUAAUCUAGUGUCUGAUAUCGAUAGGAGACAAGACGUCACUAAUAAGUGAGCCAAAGUUUCUCAUUCCUCAUCAUGUAUGCUACACGAAACAACUUCUCCUUAUUAGUGCUACCACUUAUUUCUACAGACAUAGGCCACUUCGUUUGUUGUAUUAUUUUCCGAAACUUAUACUUUUUUUCUUUUAAUCAAUGACAAACUAUGACUCAAUAGAAGUGUUUGAUUAUAGAGUACGUGUAGUUUGUCUUAUGAUUAACGAAUUUGUUUUUAACUAUUACUUAAAAUGUAACAUGAAAAAUGACUCGUAAAACAAUCAUAUUGUAUAAGUCUUUCCAACCACUAUGUUGAUUAACUCUAUAUUUGCCAUAUUAAUUGUUAUGUAUAUUAACAGGUUUUGUGUUCAAGUACUACUCGCAACAUCUAAGCGAUACUACUAGUAAGAACAACUCACCUUAUGUACUCUUGGAGAUUGUUGGCAUAAAUGAUGCUUGGAUGUGCUUUGCUCUACACCUAGAGUGGAUGAAGAUCUAAAGUUCAAUUUAAGAUUUUAUAUUUUAACGGCAAGAAAAUUGUUUUUGAAUUAAGUGCACUAUGAGAUGUUUAACCCUUCCAUAGAGUGUUCAACUCAUGUGGCUCCUUGAUUAAUCCGCAAUUGUGAAAAUAGCUUAGUGAAAGAGACCUUCAAAGAACUAGAUAUGUUUUAUGUUUGUCGAAUGUUCAAUGUAUAACUUGAAUUUUAUUGUGUACGUUUGAUUUAGGACGAAAGAACGCCUUACACAACUCUCGUUUACUGUUGUAUCAUGUGUGCACCUUUGGAUUGUAUCAUCCGAAUUUAUUAUUGUUAUUGUGUUCGACACUAAAUGAUAAUGCAUAUUUAUCAAAUUUAAGCAACUUGCUACUUAAGUUGUUGAAGCAGCAUACUCCUAUUAAAUAGGGUGAUGAUCAUCUCAAUAAUCUAAAUGUUUUAUGUCCAAUAAAUGUUUGUAUUAUUGGGAGUAAUGAUAGCUUCUAUAGGAAACCUUUUUGUCUUUUCCAUUCCUUUUUCCUCUCAACAAAAACUAUUUUUUGCGCUAUCAAAGUUGGUCAUCAUAUAUAUAAUAAAAGAAUAGAAAAGGUUAAGUAACAAGUGAAAGUGGAAUAUGUGGAGUAAAAUGUAUGACUUUCUUGUUUUAAGUUUAAUGUCGAGUUUCAUUCCUUUUUUACUUCCUUUUGAUUAAUUCUUGUUAUCUUAAUUGACCUUCCAUUGUCUUUGUUUAGGCUGAGUUCAAUUAAGUUGUUGAAGCAACAUACUCUUAUUAAAUAAAGUUUUAGUUCAAUAGAUUGAGUCCAACAAGUGAAGGGUUCAAAGCCUUUAACUCGAGGUUAAGAAGAUGUUUCUUUUGUAAUUGUUCCAGAAAAAACGUCAAGUGUAGUAAGAACUUUGAUGUCUUCUUCUUUGUUUAAUUUUCUUUUUAAUGGUACAAAGACGUGGCCAAUAGUAUGGACAUGAGUUUAUAUGUGAAUGAAAUUAGUUGCUAACUAAACUAAUAGCCAUUAUACUAAUAAUAACUAUUUAAUCGACGAGUCUUUAAUAGACCUAUGAUGUGCUUUUGUACUCUUUGAUGCCAUUUUGGUAUCUUUUUAUGUUUUCAAGGUACAACACGACUUAGGACGAUUUGGAUCAAGCAUUGGACCAAAUGAGUUAUAAAAGAAGUAUAUGGAGAUUUUGUUAUAAAAGAUGAGGUCGAAUGACGGAGAAGUCUACUAGUAACCACAAGUAGAGCCCAAGAGAAGCCCAAAUCGGGCCAAUUCUGAAGCAAGAACCAGUGCGGUCCAACAUUAGGUCCAACCGUCACUCAUGAAAACCUGGAUAAAUCGCACCCAAAUCUGUAGGAGAGUUUGUUCAUGGACCAAGGUGGCAAGCCAAAGAAGAGAAGAGACGACGGUCCAAACAGAUGCCUAGCCGGCCCCAAGAGGCCCAAGCCCUAAAAACAUAUCUUUAGACCAGGACUUCAGGCCCAAGUCAAAGAAACCUUGUCCUACUAAGUUUACAAGAGUUUUGACCGAGUUAUACCCCUAUAAAUAGAGGGCUAGAGUCAUUAGUUUAAUAGGUUGCACAAAUUCACUAAAUUUUUGUAAACACUCUAUUCAAGUGAUAUCGUGGCAUUUGCAGGAGAGGGUGGAGAAGAUGCCUUCAUCAACUAUGGUGGCACCCUCCUUCUUUUCUAUGUUGCUAGUUCGAAAUUGAUUGUAUGAGAAUGUGAACUUGUUUAUCUUUGUAUGUAUUGAUGUUACGAUAUCAUUUGAUGCUUGUGUUUAUGCUUAUGAAUUUCGAUGCUUGUUAUGUAUACAUGGAUGCUUGAUUUUGAUGCCUAUGUGAUGAUCAUUAUUGUUUAUCUAGUAUAUAUGAAUGCUUUCUUAUCAUCGAUGCUUAUGACUCUAUAGCGUGCUACUAUAUGCAUUGUGCUUAGUAUUAUCUAGGUUGUCAAUAAAUUACCAUCUAAUGAUACCCCAUUGAUGUUACAUGAGUUUAGAGGGAAUGAUCAACCAUCUAUACCUUGAGUAGUAUCAAUGCUUGAUUGUUAGAUAAUUAUUGAUAUAAAACAUCAAUUAUGGC